AGGGGGUUAGCUGGUUGGUAUAAUUAGUUUGUUCAUCUUGUCAACUUUCUUGAAAAGCAAAAGUUUUUAAUAUUUUGUUUUCCUCUUUUUGAAUCUUGAAGUUUGAUUCAAACUUCUCAUUUUAUAGAAUACUCUGUUAAGACUUUUUAGUUAGUAUAGUAUACUAGCUAUAUACUAGAUUAACUUUUUUUUUUUUUAUUUAUAAAGUCCCUUAAUUUAGUGAAGUUUUGUUACAUGUGUAUACUCAAGGUGGCAAAUUUUAGAAACAAAGCCAUUUAUAAGCCAAUAAGAGAUGAUGUGAUGUUUUCUGGGAUUAAUAGAGAAGAGGAGAUGUCUGUGAUGGUUUCUGCACUGACGCGUGUCGUGAGAGGUGAAGAUAAAGUAUUGAGUCAAGGUGAAGGAUGUGAUAUUGGUGCAGCUAAUUCUGGGGUUUCUCCUUCUUUGUAUUCAAUUUCUGGAGGUGUUGGAGAGAAAAGAGGACGAGAAGAGCAAAGUGAGCAACUGUUCUUGGCUGAUAUUAGGUCAUCAGGUGGAGAAAGUUCAAAUAUUAGGACUAUUGCCAGCAACACACCAACAACAGAAUCAACAUUCACAUACAUUACUCCCACAUAUGGAGAAGGAAAUAUUAAUCAUCAACCAAGAAGAAGAUAUAGAGGAGUUAGACAAAGGCCAUGGGGAAAAUGGGCAGCAGAAAUUAGAGAUCCAUAUAAAGCUACUAGGGUUUGGCUUGGUACUUUUGACACUGCUGAAGAUGCUGCUAGAGCUUAUGAUGAAGCUGCUCUUAAAUUUAGAGGCAGCAAAGCUAAACUCAACUUCCCAGAAAAUGUUAAACUCUUGCCUACUUCUUCAACUCACGAACAAUCACAAUUGAAGUUAUUCCCGCAUCAAAACGCUGUUGGUAAUCUGGGAUUACCAACGAGCACAUUUCCAACGGAUUACGUCGAAAAUACACGUGUUUCAUCUUUUUCUAAUAAUUAUCCUAUAAUUCACACUCAACCUAAUUAUUACUAUAAUAAUACUAACAUAAACCCUCAAAUUUUCUUGAAUGAUGAUUUUCAAAGGUUACAACCACCUUCAAGUUUGUUAAACCAAUUCCAGUACUCGUCAUCUUCUUCAUCAUCGUUGUCUUCUUCUUCUCAACUGCCUUUUCUUCCAAGAAUGUUUUUUCAGGGUUCUCAGCCUCCCCAGAACAGUGGAAAUGAUUUUCGGGCUACUUCGUCGGAUUCAACUUAUGAUCAUCCUUCUUCUUCUUCUAGAUAAUUUAGCAGCUAGGGUUUUUUGUUUGUCACUUCAAUGUGAUUUUUGAUGAAUGGAUUGUAAAUCAGAAUCGGCUUGCAUUUUGCAUAGUGAUCGGUCUAGCUGAGCAAGGUCAACUUUUCCUAUUCUGCUAAUUUUGUUGGGAUAUAUCUUGAGUGAGAGCUUAUAAAGUGAGAGUUAUUUCUGGAAAUUUCUUCUUGUAACGUCAAAGAAGAAUAUAAAAAGACGAUGAUUGAUGAUGAUGAAACGAAUAUCAGAACAAUGUAUC